AUGCGCGAACGCGUGCGCGAAUGCGUGCGGGAGUGCGUGCGCGAGUGCGUGCGGGAGCGCGUGCGCGAAUGCGUGCGGGAGUGCGAUUGGGAGUGCGUGCGCGAGUGCGAGGGCAUGCGCGAACGCGUCCGCGAAUGCGUGCGGGAGCGCGUGCGCGAGUGCGUGCGGGAGUGCGUGCGCGAGUGCGUGCGCGAGUGCGAGUGCAUGCGCGAACGCGUGCGCGAAUGCGUGCGGGAGUGCGUGCGCGAGUGCGUGCGGGAGCGCGUGCGCGAAUGCGUGCGGGAGUGCGAUUGCGAGUGCGUGCGCGAUUGCGUGCGCGAGUGCGAGUGCGAGCGCGAACGCGUGCGCGAAUGCAUGCGGGAGCGCGUGCGCGAGUGCGUACGGGAGCGCGUGCGCGAGUGCUGCGUGCGCGAGUGCGAGUGCGUGCGCGAACGCGUGCGCGAAUGCGUGCGGGAGUGCGUGCGCGAAUGCGUGCGGGAGCGCGUGCGCGAGUGCGUGCGGGAGUGCGUGCGGGAGCGCGUGCGUGAAUGCGUGCAGGAGUGCGAUUGCGAGUGCUGCGAGUGCGAGCGCGAACGCGUGCGCGAAUGCGUGCGGGAGUGCGUGCGCGAAUGCGUGCGGGAGUGCGUGCGCGAAUGCGUGCGGGAGCGCGUGCGCGAGUGCGUGCAGGAGUGCGUGCGCGAGUGCGUGCGCGAUUGCGAGCGCGUGCGCGGAUGCGUGCGGGAGUGCGUGCUCGAGUGCGUGCGCGAGUGCGAGUGCAUGCGCGAACGCGUGCGCGAAUGCGUGCGGGAGCGCGUGCGCGAGUGCGUGCGGGAGUGCGUGCGCGAGUGCGUGCGCGAGUGCGAGUGCAUGCGCGAACGCGUGCGCGAAUGCGUGCGGGAGUGCGUGCGCGAGUGCGUGCGGGAGCGCGUGCGUGAAUGCGUGCGGGAGUGCGAUUGCGAUGCGUGCGCGAUUGCGAUGCGGGAGCGCGUGCGCGAGUGCGUGCGCGAGUUCGAGUGCGUGCGCGAACGCGUGCGCGAAUGCGUGCGGGAGCGCGUGCGGGAGUGCGUGCGGGAGUGCGUGCGCGAGUGCGUGCGAGAGCGCGUGCGCGAAUGCGUGCGGGAGUGCGAUUGCGAGUGCCUGCGCGAUUGCGAGUGCGUGCGCGAACGCGUCCGCGAAUGCGUGCGGGAGUGCGUGCGCGAGUGCGUGCGGGAGCGCGUGCGCGAAUGCGUGCGGGAGUGCGAUUGCGAGAGCGUGCGCGAUUGCGAGUGCGUGCGCGAGUGCGAGUGCGUGCGCGAGUGCGUGCGGGAGCGUGUGCGCGAAUGCGUGCGGGAGUGCGAUUGCGAGUGCGUGCGCGAUUGCGAGUGCGUGCACGAGUGCGAGUGCAUGCGCGAACGCGUGCGCGAAUGCGUGCGGGAGUGCGUGCGCGAGUGCGUGCGGGAGCGCGUGCGCGAAUGCGUGCGGGAGUGCGAUUGGGUGUGCGUGCGCGAGUGCGAGGGCAUGCGCGAACGCGUCCGCGAAUGCGUGCGGGAGCACGUGCGCGAGUGCGUGCGGGAGUGCGUGCGCGAGUGCGUGCGCGAGUGCGAGUGCAAACGCGAACGCGUGCGCGAAUGCGUGCGGGAGUGCGUGCACGAGUGCGUGCGGGAGCGCUGCGUGCGCGAGUGCGAGUGCGACCGCGAACGCGUGCGCGAAUGCAUGCGGGAGCGCGUGCGCGAGUGCGUACGGGAGCGCGUGCGCGAGUGCGUGUGGGAGUGCGUGCGCGAAUGCGUGCGGGAGUGCGAUUGCGAGUGCGGGCGCGAUUGCGAGUGCGUGCGCGAGUGCGAGGGCAUGCGCGAACGCGUCCGCGAAUGCGUGCGGGAGCGCGUGUGCGAAUGCGUGCGGGAGUGCGUGCGCGAGUGCGUGCGCGAGUGCGAGUGCAAACGCGAACGCGUGCGCGAAUGCGUGCGGGAGUGCGUGCGCGAGAACUGCGACCGCGAACGCGUGCGCGAAUGCAUUCGGGUGCGCGUGCGCGAAUGCGUGCGGGAGCGCGUGCGCGAGUGCGUGCGGGUGUGCGUGCGCGAGUGCGUGCGGGAGUGCGCGCGCGAAUGCGUGGGGGCGUGCGAUUGCGAGUGCGUGCGCGAUUGCGAGUGCGUGCGCGAGUGCGAGUGCAUGCGCGUACGCGUGCGCGAAUGCGUGCGGAAGUGCGUGCGCGAGUGCGUGCGAGAGCGCGUGCGCGAGUGCGUGCGGGAGUGCGUGCGCGAAUGCGUGCGGGAGUGCGAUUGCGAGUGCGUGCGCGAUUGCGAGUGCGUGCGCGAGUGCGAGGGCAUGCGCGAACGCGUGCGCGAAUGCGUGCGGGAGCGCGUGCGCGAGUGCGUGCGGGAGUGCGUGCGCGAGUGCGUGCGCGAGUGCGAGUGCAUGCGCGAACGCGUGCGCGAAUGA